AUGGAAGUUGAUGCAAGAUCCGGUGCUGCACCACAGACUGGUUCUGCCAUUUUAAGAAAGAAACCUUGCCUAAGGAUUCAUGAGGGAAAACUAACAGGGUUGAUAAAUUUAGGCAAGAGGCUGAAGACCAUAAAGAGGGAAACUUUCAAGAAAAAGAAUGGAAAUCUUUUGAGCCUAAUGGAAAUCGAAGUACAGCUGCCUGCUAUCACAGCUCUAGCCCGAUAUUAUGACUCUCCGCUAAGAUGUUUCACCUUUCAGGACUUCCAGCUGGCGCCUACUAUAGAAGAAUUUGAGCACAUCUUGGGUUUACCACAAGAGGGUACCACGCCGUAUCAAUACUUGGAGCAUCACGCCUCCAUCUCUACCAUUGCCGCCAUAAUGAGAUUGCGUCCCAAGGAACUAGAAGACAAGUUGGUAAUGAGGAAUCAAGUGCGUGGACUGACACAAGGGUAUCUUGAACAGUAUCUGUAUCAUCUGGCCGAUAGGGAAGAGUGGGAGACUUUUAUGGAUGUUUUGGCUCUCACCGUGUACGACAUCGUCUUGUUUCCCAGGAUGGAAGACUUAGUGGAUUACACCGCUAUUGAUGUCUUCGUGGCAAGAAAGACGAGAUCAGAGAACCCCGUAACAGCAAUCCUCGCAGAUGUGUAUGGGACCAUGAGUUUUAUCCAUGAGAGAAAAGGGAAGAAAAUCCUUUGUUGCUUGCCGACGUUGUAUGCAUGGAUGACCGCAUGCAUGUUUAAGGGGGUGGUUGAUGUCGGGUGCUCAUCGAAGGAUCCGUCGCACCAAGGGCUUAAAGAAAAAGGAGGAAAUGAGUGGGCCCAUUUCUUUGCUGGCCUAUACGGGGGAAAGUUCGGGCAUCCCAUGAAGGGGGCACCUUCACCAGAUUCUCUCACAGCAUUCUUCAUCUACUAUGAGGACGGACAUUGCACUGAAAUGUUAAGGAAGGUUAGAAGCGCUUGGAAAAAUGUUGUGCGAGCCGAAAGGGAUUUGAGGGUUGGAGUGGUGGAUAGCAGGGCUGGUUAUCACGCCUGGAUCCUGGAAAGGGUGGAGAAGGUCAAAUUGCCUUUAAAGCGAAUCAAUGACUAG